AUGAUUCGAGAAGGUGGUGCAUCUACAGACUGUUUACACAGCCAGGUAAAGUCCACGGUGCCACAGAGGGUAAACAAUCGACCAGGCGUGAGCGUGGAUGGAACGAACUUCAGUCUAGAUGGGAAAAACGUAUCGUAUCGAUUCCAUGUUGGCGAUGACGGCGAUGUCUUGACAGACCAUUUCGGCGGCCGCACUGACGGGAAACUCCCUAACGACCCUUUACCCAUCGUGAAUGGAUGGUCCGGUAUGUCACAUCGGCUGCGUCGUGAAUUUCCAGAUCAUGGCCGAGGCGACUUCCGUAGCCCUGCGAUUCGAAUCUGUCAUAAUAACUCCCAUGCUAUAUUGUCAUUGAAAUAUCAGUCUCAUGAAGUGUUGGAUGGGAAGCCGGCACUAUCUGGGCUUCCUUCUACGUUCGGAAGCGAGGAAGAUGUUACAACUCUAGUUGUUCAUUUGUAUGAUGAUCAAAGUCACAUUGCCGCCGAUCUGUCAUAUUCUGUCUUCCCGAUGUAUGAUGCGAUCGUGCGAACUGUUUCCAUAACGAACAAAGGCACCGAUACAAUCACAGUCGAGGAACUUGCAAGUUUCAGUGUGGAUAUGCCUUAUGAUGACUAUGAGAUGAUAAGCCUCAGGGGCGACUGGGCAAGAGAAACACAACGACAACGACGACGAAUAGAUUACGGGGAACAAGGAUUCAAAAGUAGCACGGGAUUCUCGUCACACUUUCACAAUCCAUUUUUUGCACUCCUGUCGCCGUCCUCAACGGAAUCUCAGGGUGAUGCGUGGGGAUUCUCCCUAGUCUAUACGGGCUCAUUUGCCGUCAAUGUUGAGAAGGGCUCACAGGGCCUUACCCGGGCGUUGAUGGGUCUCAACCCUGACCAUUUAUCAUGGCCAUUAGGUCCAAACGAAAGUUUUACCUCCCCGGAAUGUGUGUCAGUAUAUUCCAAGGAUGGUCUUGGGGGCAUGUCACGGUCGUUGCACGGCCUAUAUCGAAAUCACCUGAUGAAGAGCCAAUAUGCCACCAGCGUACGGCCUCCGCUAUUGAACAGCUGGGAGGCUCUAUACUUCAAUCUUGAUCAAACCAAGAUAUAUCAAAUGGCUCUUGAAUCGGCUGCAUUGGGUGUCAAAUUGUUUGUUCUGGAUGAUGGCUGGUUUGGUGAUAAGUAUCCACGUUUGUCAGAUACGUCGGGACUUGGCGACUGGGUACCCAAUCCCAGGCGAUUUCCGCAUGGACUUGCUCCAUUGGUAAAGGAUAUCACAGCCCUGAAACCAGCCGACUCAUCCGCCAAUCUGCGAUUCGGUCUCUGGAUUGAGCCUGAGAUGGUCAAUCCUAAGUCAGCUUUAUAUGAGGAGCAUCCUGACUGGGUACUACACGCUGGGAAAUAUCCUCGAACCGAGCAGCGGAACCAACUUAUCUUGAACCUGGCCCUGCCUCAGGUACAAGAUCACAUAAUCAAUUCAAUUUCCGAUGUUCUACGCAGUGCAGAUAUCACUUACGUCAAAUGGGAUCACAACCGAUGUAUCCAAGAGUCGCCGUCAGCCCCGAGUCAUCACGCCUAUAUUCUCGGCGCCUAUCGAGUGUUUGAAGAGCUUACCUCACGUUUCCCCCAUGUCUUGUGGGAGGGAUGUGCUGCGGGUGGUGGCAGAUGUGACCCUGGCAUUCUCCAAUAUUUUCCUCAAGUCUGGAUAUCCGAUAACACGGACGGACUUGAUCGUAUUUUCAUUCAGUUUGGUAACUCGAUUGCAUAUCCAGCAAGUGCAAUGAGUGGCCAUAUCUCUGCUAUUCCCAACCACCAGACGGGACGCAGCAUUCCCCUGAUCUUCCGUGCUCAUGUCGCCAUGAUGUGUGGCUCGUUUGGGUUGGAAUUGAAUCCCGCGGAACUUCUGCCACACGAAAAGUCAACAUUACCUCAACUCAUAUCAAUGGCAGAGAAGCUGAAUCCACUCGUGAUCUCUGAUCCCUAUGCGGACAAUGGAGGUCACUCGCCAGUCAUGAAUCCUCAUUAUCCAGACAAUCGCACGCCCUCUCCAGGGCGGCCAUUACAGCCAUACCAACAUGAGACAGAAUUCCGACCAUUACAGAUGCCCUCGACGGACCACCUACUAGACCAGCCAACGUACUCGGUCGAAGGAAUCAACAACUCGUACGGUCACAACGAACGUUUCGAGGAACAUCAUACGCAAAACUAUCCGAACGAAUAUACAUUGCGCCCGGAAGAUCAUCACGACGCGUACUAUAACCAACCUUAUGAGCCAACGGGCAUCCCACAUGAUGACUACGACCUAUCCAACUACCCGCAUCAGGAGCCUUCUCCUUACCAAGAAGAUCGAGUUCCCAUUCUACAAGCAGAUAAUCCGUACGGACCAAAUCCCUAUGAGCCACCAGAGUAUACACAUGGCGACGACGAUAUCGCCAACGAAGCGGGCGGCCAGCCUGAGCACGUUCCAACCCCUCCUGAAAUGACUCCCAGCCCGGCGCCAAUUCGACGUUGGAAGACAGUCAAAGAAGUCCAAUUGUUUCGCGGAAAUUUGGUCUUGGAUUGUCCCGUUCCCCCCAAGUUACUAAACCAAGUGCCUCACGCUCAACCGCCUGAACGUGACGAGUUUACCCAUAUGCGUUACUCGGCCGCUACUUGUGAUCCGGCAGAGUUCUACAACGAUCGAUUCACUCUGCGACAGAGCUUAUUCGCAAAGCCCAGACAUACUGAAUUGUUCAUUGUCAUUACCAUGUAUAACGAAGAUGAGUUCCUUUUCGCCCGUACCUUGAUCGGCGUCUUCAAAAAUAUCGAGUACAUGUGCUCGAGAACCAACAGCAAGACCUGGGGCAAGGACGCAUGGAAGAAAAUCGUCGUGUGUGUCAUUAGUGACGGUCGUGCCAAGAUCAACCCUCGUACGCGUGCGGUGUUGGCUGCGCUAGGAGUCUAUCAGGAUGGAAUUGCCAAACAACAAGUUAACGGCAAGGACGUCACUGCACAUAUUUACGAAUACACCACUCAGCUGGCACUGGGUUUGAAGGGUACACAAGUCUCGAUCAAAGGACGCUCAGCCACCCCUGUGCAGAUGAUCUUUUGUUUGAAGGAAAAGAAUCAAAAGAAGAUCAACUCUCAUCGUUGGUUUUUCCAAGCUUUCGGCCGUGUACUCGAUCCUAAUAUCUGUGUGUUGCUUGAUGCUGGUACGAAACCUGGCAAAGACUCCAUUUAUCAUCUUUGGCGAGCUUUCGACUUGGAGCCGAUGUGUGGUGGAGCUUGUGGUGAAAUCAAGGUCAUGUUGGACAAGGGAAAGAAUCUCAUCAACCCGUUGGUUGCAGCGCAAAACUUCGAAUACAAGAUGAGCAAUAUUCUCGACAAGCCCCUGGAGUCGGCAUUUGGUUUCAUUUCCGUGUUACCCGGUGCCUUUUCUGCUUAUCGAUACGUUGCAUUGCAAAAUGACAAGACCGGUCAAGGACCACUGGAGAAGUACUUUGCUGGUGAGAAGAUGCAUGGUGCCAACGCUGGUAUCUUUACAGCAAACAUGUACCUUGCCGAAGAUCGUAUUCUGUGUUUCGAGAUCGUCACCAAGCGCAACUGUCGUUGGGUCCUUUCCUACGUCAAAUCAUCUACCGGAGAGACAGAUGUGCCCGAUCGCAUGGCCGAGUUUAUUCUCCAGCGUCGUCGUUGGUUGAACGGUAGUUUCUUUGCUGCCGUUUAUGCUAUCGCUCACUUCUAUCAAAUCGGACGCAGCAGUCACAGUUUCAUGAGGCAGUUCAUGCUAGGAUUUGAAUUCAUCUUCCAGACCAUCAAUAUGCUCUUCGCCUGGUUCGCAAUCGGUAAUUUCUUCCUCGUCUUCCACAUCCUCACGCAGUAUCUGGGCUCUACGGACCUCUUGGGAACCCCUGGAGCGAUUCUCGGUGUUGUCUUUGAGUGGAUUUAUUUGUCUACUUUGGUCGCCUGCUUUAUUCUUUCACUCGGUAAUCGCCCGCAAGGUUCAAACAAGUUUUACAUGACAAUGGUCUAUUUCUGGGUUAUUGUCAUGAUAUACUUGACUUUUGCAGCCAUCUUCGUCACGGUGAAAUCGAUACAAGAACAAACUAAGGAGAACGGAUUUACAUUUAGUGAUCUGUUCACUAAUCAGCAUUUCUUUACCAUUAUUAUAUCACUCGCAUCCACUUAUGUGAUGUGGUUCGUGGCCUCGCUGAUAUUCUUCGACCCAUGGCAUAUGUUUACUUGUUUCAUUCAAUAUUUAUUGCUCACACCCACCUAUACCAAUGUGCUCAACGUGUAUGCCUUUUGCAACACCCACGAUGUCACAUGGGGUACAAAAGGAGACGACAAGGCAGAGAAACUGCCGUCCGCUACGGUCAAGCCGGGUGGAAAAGUCGACGUCAGUAUUCCACAGGAUGGAGGCGAUUUGAAUGCACAGUACGAUAUCGAGCUGUCGGCAUUCGCAACAAAACCGCCGAAAGAAGUGCGCGUAAUUUCCGAUGCAGAGAAACAAGAAGACUACUACAAGGGAUUCCGCAGUGGUGUUGUACUUGUGUGGAUUUUCUGCAACUUUGCUCUCGGCGCUGUCGUCCUGAGUACCGCUGGCUUGGAGAAUCUCAGCUCCAGCAGUUCGACGUCUGACACUAGUACCAAGCGGGCUGAUAUAUACAUGUCGGUCGUUUUGUGGAGUGUUGCUGCUUUGUCGUUGAUCAAGUUCAUUGGAGCGAUGUGGUUUUUGGUUGUACGAAUGUUCCGUGGCGUUUAA